AAAACAUUUUUAAAACGAUGCGCAUUCUACUGUCGAUGGGGUACGUAACUCUGUCGUCAGUUUGGAAUCUCGCCUCGUGUCGUCGUGUCGCGGUCCGCGCUCGAGCUUAAUUGUACUGUAAACACCUGAUCGCGAUUGUAUAGUUACCGCGUGCGAUGGCGCAGUCUAGCCGGUCACUACAGACUUCCGAAUAAUGAUUUUAACGUUUCCUCACCAAUCGAUAUUCCCGACGACAACCGUUUUCUGGUCGAAAUAAUUUUUAGAAAUCGAAUGAACUAAAGUCCGACCGUUUUUUGAAUAAUUGGCUUCCAAAGUCUUAAUCAUUAUUGCAUAUGGCGAUCCACAUCCGCGCACCGUAGCCCACGUCACCGAUCGAACAUCGAUCGAAGCAUCAAGGCACCCGCGGGCAUAUUUUUGAGUACGUCGUGUCGUCCGCGCGCGGCAUAGUUGCCGACGAUGUGUCGCAGAACAGCGUUCGCGUGGCCAACGGCGUUGCUACUGUUGCUGGGGCUGUCCUUCGCGGCCACGGACGAUAAGUGCCCGAUGAACCUGAGCCAACCAGCACCGGAAGGCGCUCGCGUUGAAGACGGCCUGCUGCACGCCGGGCAACCGGAACGGACGUACGAGCCGUUCCAGUACCGGGCGACGACGGAUGGCGACGGAUACCGGUUGUGCACGUGCGAACUGAAGCAGUGCCUGGUCAAGUGCUGCGAGCCGGGCGAGGCGUUCAUCGAGAAUAAGUGCACGCCUUUCGACGAACUCCGUGGAGAUAUCAGGGUACCUAAAGGAAUAAUUGGAAACAAGACAGCUGAAGCGUCCGAAGCACAUGAUAUAAACCAAUUCCACAUGCUUUAUCAAAUGCCACAAUGCGAUCAAAUGUAUUCUUUAUUUCCAUAUCAUGAAAAUGAUGAUAGUUUCGAAAUAUCCCUAAACGGGCAGUUAUUGCAAGAGGCAAAUAUUGAUACAUAUGACCAUUUUUGUUUCGAAUUAAUGCAGUUUGACUCAGGUUUUCAGUAUGUAGCCAUUGUGUGUUCACCUAAUAACAACAAUUCGAGUAAUGGUUUAAAACCAAUUAUUAAUGGUGCAUUGAUAAUAUCAAUACCAUUUUUGUUUAUGACGUUACUCGUGUAUGCAUUUACCAAGAAAUUACGAGAUCUGCAUGGAAAAUGUAUCAUAGGUCAUGUAUUAUCACUUUUAAUAGCUUACAUCAGCAUAAUAAUUGGCAAACUGAAAACCAUAGGAAUUGAUGACAAAGUUUGCGUUAUUAUAGCUUACAUUACUCAAUUCUUUACUUUAGCAAGUUUUUUCUGGUUAAAUUUAAUGUGUUUUGAUUUAUGGUAUAUUUUUAGGUACGGCAAAAAAUUAAAAAAUGAACCAAAAAUGAUAAAAAUAUACUGCCUAUAUGCAUGGGGAUGUUCCAGUUUAAUUUCAAUAGUUACAUAUGUAGCAGAUAAAUGGCCUAAAUUGAUGACAUUUUUACCUACUCCUAAAAUUGGAGGGUUCAAUUGUGGAAUUAGUGAUUCAGAGAAAGCGGUGGAUAUGUAUUUCUACGGACCGAUUGGUGUUAUUUUAUUUGUUAAUGCAUUAGUAUUCAUACAUAUUGCAUUACACAUUGCAUUGUACAUGGGGAAGAGACCAGAAUCCUAUAGAAAUCUUACUAAUUAUAAAAAGAAAAUGAUUUUGUGCUUGGAAUUAUUUACUGUGAUGGGACUGAAUUGGACAGCAGAAAUUAUAUCUUGGAAAUUUCCAGAUAAGCUGCAAAGUGUAUGGUUCAUCACGGAUGUUGGGAAUGCAUUGCAAGGAGUGCUCAUUUUUGUAAUCUUCGUUUGCAGAAAACGUGUUUUAAAAAUGUUUAACCUACAAUGUUGUCCGAGAUUAAGACUUUUUGAAUCAUCUAGUCCUGCUCCAAGACAACCUAAUCCCGUUAACGACGUAACAUCAAAUCCCACUGUUAUUUGUCAAUUGUUAGACAUUAAUCCGACUAACGAAAAUCAGAAAAUAAACCAACAAAACCCGAAUAGUCAUCUAUUGAACAGUUGUAAUUCUGAAUAAGUGCACAAAAUGCUUUAUUGAAUAGUUAUUUAAAAUUAGUAGGUAUUAAUUUUUUAUCAACAUCAACAAUAAACUUUAAACUUCA